AUGGAUCUGUCAGACAAUAUGGAACAGAAUAAAGGAACUUCUUUUAAGGAUUCAAUUUUACUUCUUGAUUUUGAUCUAAAGGAGCUAGGCUCACAAAUGUCAGUUCAGGAAUAUCUGGAUAAGCAUUUGCUUUCUCGUAAAAUUGAAGAUGUUGUAAAUGCCGCUGUUAGAGCUAAGGCUCCAGACCCUGUAUUGUUCAUCUCGAAUCAUACGAGGAAAGCAGUCUGUUGUGUGAUCACGAAGAUUAAAGCUAGGCAAAUCCUCGAUAGCAAAGGGGUUCCCACUGUAGAAGUCGACCUUUACACGAAUAAAGGGAUGUUUAGAGUUGUAGCUCCGAGCGGAACUUCUUCUGGAAUAUUCUUAUCUACAUAUGCUAAUCUCACGUAUGAGGCUCUUGAGUUACGUGAUGGUGACAAUGGGAAAUAUCUUGGAAAAGGUGUUAGCAGAGCUGGUCAACUUGGCGUAAAUGCUAUACUAGCCGUUUCAAUUGCUGCUUGUAAAGCUGGUGCCGCCGAGAAGGAGGUUCCACUUUACAAGCACAUAACAGAUCUCUCUGGUAAAACCAACCUCGUUCUUCCUGUCCCUGCCUUCACAGUUAUUAGUGGUGGAAAACACGCGGGAAAUAAUUUUUCCAUCCAAGAAAUCAUGAUUCUCCCUGUUGGUGCAAACUCAUUUGAAGAGGCAGUGCAAAUGGGCUCCGAGACAUAUCAUUAUCUGAAGAUAAUUCUAAUCCAAUCUCAAUCAGAGCAGGCUAUUAUCAUCGAAAAGUACGGAAGAAAUGGAUGCAAUGUCGGUGAAGAUGGUGGAUUUUCUCCAAAUAUCUCAAGUUUCACUGAAGGCUUGGAUCUCGUCAAGCAGGAAAUUGACAGAGCAGGUUAUAGUGAGCGAAUUAAGAUAGCCAUGGAUGUUGCGGCUACUGAUUUUUGCAUAGGUACAAAGUAUGAUUUAGACUACAAAUCUCCCAAUAAAUCGGGGCAGAAUUUCAAGACAGCAGAAGAUAUGGCCGAGCUGUAUACAGAACUCUGCAAAGUUUACCCAAUUGUGUCUAUUGAGGAUCCGUUUGACAAGGAUGACUGGGAACAUACAAAGUUAUUUACAAGCCUUGGGAUCUGCCAGGUUGCUGGAGAUGACUUGUUGAUGUCAAACCCGAAACGUACUGAGAAAGCAAUAGAUGAAUUCACUUGCAAUGCACUCGUUUUGAAGAAAGAUGAAGAACUGGACGAGUCACAUGUACAACAACAAAGUAGACACAUCGUCAUACAAGACCCGGGAAAGUGA